UCGAAUGACAACUCCCCGCUUCGCAUUCCUCCCGGAGUAACCAGGCUCCAAAUUCAAAUCAACGCAGCCUCGCGCUGGAGAGGCGAGCCAGGGGCGGAGCCUGCCCGGCGUGAGCUGGGGACGCGCAGUGUGAUUGCCCAGGAGAAAGGAAGGCGCUCCACUUCCGGGUCAGGCCCUUCGCUCGCCCCCCCUAGGCCUCCACCAUGGCGAGUAGCAGCGGCGCCGGGGCGGCGGCGGCGAAUCUGAAUGCGGUGAGGGAAACCAUGGACGUUCUGCUUGAGAUUUCAAGAAUUUUGAAUACUGGAUUAGAUAUGGAAACUCUGUCUAUAUGUGUACGACUCUGUGAGCAAGGAAUUAACCCAGAAGCUUUAUCAUCAGUUAUUAAGGAACUUCGCAAGGCCGCUGAAGCAUUAAAGGCUGCUGAAAAUAUGACAAGCUGACUUUCUGAAGAAAUCCUGGUGAGAUAUGUCAAGCUCUGCAAGAGGAUUGAAGAUGGCAUUGUAGUUAAGAAUGUACAAUGAAAUCACUGCAUGUAGCAAUGUGGAAACAUUGUCCUUUUUAAAAGAAUUAUAAAACCAUAGCUUUAUAAAUCAGUGAAAGUGGCUUAUGGAGAAAACUAUCAGUUGUGUUUACACCACAUCUUUUUUUUUUUUAA